AUGUGCCCCGGUAACUGGCUCUGGGCGUCUAUGACUUUUAUGGCCCGCUUCUCCCGGAGUAGCUCAAGGUCUCCUGUUCGCACUAGAGGGGUCCUGGAAGAGAUGCCGGCUGUUCAACAUCCCUUCCUCAAUGUCUUUGAGUUGGAGAGGCUCCUCUACACAGGCAAGACAGCCUGUAACCAUGCCGAUGAGGUCUGGCCAGGCCUCUACCUCGGAGACCAGGACAUAGCUAACAACCGCCGGGAGCUCCGCCGCCUGGGCAUCACCCACGUCCUCAAUGCCUCGCACAGCAGGUGGCGAGGGACGCCAGAGGCCUACGAGGGGCUGGGCAUCCGCUACCUGGGUGUUGAGGCCCACGACUCGCCAGCCUUUGACAUGAGCAUCCACUUCCAGACGGCUGCCGAUUUCAUCCACCGGGCACUGAACCAGCCAGGAGGGAGGAUCCUGGUGCACUGUGCCGUGGGCGUAAGCCGGUCCGCCACACUGGUCCUGGCCUACCUCAUGCUGUACCACCACCUGACCCUCGUGGAGGCCAUCAAGAAAGUCAAGGACCACCGAGGCAUCAUCCCCAACCGGGGCUUCUUGAGGCAGCUCCUGGCCCUGGACCGCAGGCUGCGGCAGGGUCUGGAGGCAUGAGGGGAGAGGAAAGGAAGUCAGGCCAGGUGCAUGGGUCCCUGGCUUCCAGCUGGAGGGAGGAGGCCCAGAUGUCCCACUGUCCCCUGUAGGCGGGAGAGCGACAGGGCUGAGGCUGCCACCACUGCUGCUAUUUGCUGGGAGGGAAUGGGGAGUGAGGUCGGGUGAUGUGCUGUGCGCCCAGGAGGGAGCUGACCAGAGAAGGAAGCAGCUAUGGUGUAGGUAGACGGCAGUCCUGGGAUUCAGACACCCUGGAUUCCAGCCAGGCUGCUCGCAGUGACCCAGAGCCCCUUCCCCCCAUUGUGCCCAAGUGUCCCCCCUCACUCCCUUAUCAAAACAAAAGUGCCAUCUCUGCCCCAUGCCUGCGCAGGGAGUCGGGGAUGCCGCAGGCACGAACGUGAUGGUGUCCCCUUGUGUGUAGAUGGUGGUGUAGAGACAGACGGUGCAGAGAGGGUGUGAAAAGCUGUGAGACCAGAGGGAGAAACCCACAGACGUGUUACUCCAAGCACAGGAAGAGGAAGUGUGGGAGGAUUGGCGCUGUGCCCGUGGGCGCUGGCUGCGGCCAGAAGCUGCAGAAGGGCAUGGCUGGGAGCCUUUAGAGGGUCGCUCACUUGCUGGCUGCAGGUGUCUCCAGGAGAAAUAAAGACGGUGGACAAGAGAA